CCUAAUAAUAUAAAUGCUAUUUGUAACUUAUCUGAAACAGAAAAACUCGACCGCCAAAUUUUACGUUUUCCUUACCUUUAUAACCUUUUUCUCGGUUAUUUUUUUUUAAAUUUGCUAUCUGUUUCAUUUCAAGUUUUGUGCCUUGUGAGAUUUUUUUAUUAAAAAUGCAAUCUGAUUUGUUUAAUUUAAUAAACAUGAAAGACAUUAAAACAAUAAAAAUAUUAGAAAUGUCACGUCAACCCAAUAGACGUCGAGUUCGUUUGAAUCCUUUUGUCGAAUUAUCGGAUGAAGAGUUCAGACAGAAGUACCGAUUUACCAAACGUUUUGCGGGAAUAAGAGUGGAUCUAUUGAAAGAACAUAUAAUAUGCGAUCACAGGGGAGGCUCUCUAUCUCCAAAAAUGCAAGUUGUUUGUGCGUUAUGAAGGUGGGCUCGACAUGAAGUAAGUUCGGACACUGCGGAUUUGCAUGGGGUAUCGCAACCCUACAUAAAUAGGUCAUGCAAAAAAGUAGCAGAAAUCUUAGCACAGAUGUCGCAAAGAUUUCUGAAAAUACCUCCUAUAUUAGAACAACAAGAAGAAACAAUGAGGAAUUUCCGCAGUAUUUCAAACUUCCCUAUGGUAAUAGGUGCAAUAGACUGUACUCACAUACGCAUAAAGAUAGUAAAUAGUGAUGGUGGUCUUCUGUACAUUAAUAGGAAAGGUUUUGCAUCAAUUAAUGUUGUUUGCAAUGCUGAGCUGAAAUUAAUGGAUAUUGUAACUAAGUGGCGGAGUAGUGUUCAUGACUUACGGAUUUUUAGCAAGUUUCGAUUAAAACAGAGGUUUGAAGCUGGUGCAUUCUCAGGACUUUUAUUGGGAGAUAUUUACUCCAUAUUUAUUUACACCCGCUCUAAACCUAGUCACUCACCAAGAAGAACGAUAUAACAGCGCCCAUAUACGGACAAGAAACACUAGAAAGAUGUAUUGGUUUGUGGAAGCAAAGGUUUUGUUGUUUGUUGAGGUUAUAAUAAAGAUGUUUUAUGUACCGGAAUUGUGUUCUUGUUGUUUAUCCAAAACAAUCGUAAGUACAAGCACUGUACAUAGUAAACAAUGUAAAAUGUGUUCAGAGUAGAAUAAGAGUGGACUGUAUAAUAUUGGCUGUUUUAAUAAUUGCUGGGUAUAACAGUAUAUUUUGACAGGACGUUUUCCAGAUUUACAAAGAAUCAGUCCACCUCAGAUUUAUUGAACUUAUAUUCAAUUGAUGCUUGUCGCUUCUAGCUUUCUAAUACGGAUGUCGUUGGAAAAAGCCAGUUACAAAGUCUCUUCCCGCAGACUUCUUGGCUUCAUUAAAUCGAUCUGUGACAUCAAAUUUUUCACCCUUAGCCUAACAUACCUUACAAAACUGAGUCCUCGUCAGUACGUAAAAUUUGUUUGACAUUGUAUGUAGAUGAUUAGCCAAAAUGGAUUCUUGUUCCUCAGUGAAUACAGAUAAUCUUUCUAGUUUAGGAGGUCGUCUGUAGCUAGUAUCGUUAGAUUUAGCCAAUCUGAAUAUUUUUUUAAGAUGCUGUAGGGUAUUCCAGUCUCUUUUAAUACCUUUUGUACUGAUGUACCGCCACUCUGAAGUUUUUUGACAGCAUUUUCUAAGGUUUUAACGGUCCAAAACGUUUUCGUAGCGGUGCGUUCCCUUUUUCUUGCCAUUUUAGCAUCUAAAAAAUAAAAAUAGACCAUAUUGAAGGAUAUGGGAUAAUUGGAGCUACAAAGGGUAAUCAGAGCCUAAUAAGCUGUUUUUUUGUGUUUAACAACAAAGCACUUUGUGGGUACGUUUUUCCAUUCUCGGACUUUUUGAUUGUUAAUGUUUUUUUUUUUACAACAGGGGGCAAAC